GUGAAGCGCGGCGUUCUCUUGGCUGCCGCCUUGGCCCAGGUGCCCGGGGGCGCCCUCUGCCGCAGCAGCAGGACCGCGGACGGGCGGACGGGGCGGGCCACCAGGAGGCCAAGGGAGGCCGGCGGGAGGGGCGCGCCGCAGGAGGGCGGCGUCUGCUCGGUUGGCCCCAACGGCGGCGGCGGAGCGGGCGGAGGCCGAGAGGGCUGCUGCGGCGCGGAGGCGACCGGCUCCUUCCCCAGGCUCGGCCGCCUUACCAAGGAACCCCCCCACCUCCCCCGGGAGGCGGCGGCGGCGGCAGAGCAACGCGCCCGGGCCAGAUGGCUUCUGCAAAUGAUACCCGGCAGGCGCCUAAAGAUGCUGCGGACCAGAAUUUCGACUACAUGUUUAAGCUGCUGAUCAUUGGCAACAGCAGUGUGGGCAAGACCUCCUUCCUCUUCCGAUACGCUGAUGACUCUUUCACCUCGGCCUUUGUUAGCACCGUGGGCAUCGACUUCAAGGUCAAGACGGUAUACAGGAAUGAAAAGAGAGUCAAGCUGCAGAUCUGGGACACAGCGGGCCAGGAGCGGUACCGGACAAUAACCACAGCCUAUUAUAGAGGAGCCAUGGGUUUCCUUCUGAUGUAUGACAUCUGCAGUCAGGAGUCAUUCAGUGCCGUGCAAGACUGGGCAACUCAGAUCAAGACGUACUCUUGGGACAACGCUCAAGUGAUCUUGGUUGGGAACAAGUGUGAUCUGGAGGACGACCGAGUGAUCCCCACGGAGGAGGGCAAGCGGCUGGCCGACGAGCUAGGAUUUGAAUUCUUUGAGGCCAGUGCCAAGGACAACAUUAACGUCAAGCAAGUCUUCGAGCGCCUGGUGGACAUCAUCUGCGAGAAGAUGAACGAGAGUCUAGACGGUGGCGUGGCCAUGACGGGCAAUAACCACAAGACUGCGACCCUGAACGAGGCCCCUCCUGCCCCGUCCAGCACCUGUUCUUGCUAGAGAGGACUCAGCCUGCCCUUGGGAUGCAGGAGCCCUUCUCUGCCUUCCAAGGAGGGGGGGCUAGGCAGUGUGAUGUGAAGUGGGUUGGCUGCCGGUUGGCUGCUCUGCCCUGUUUGGCUUUUGCCAGCAUGUGCCCGGGGCCCCGUUGUCUCUCCCAUAGCAUGAUUGGCACCUUCUGGUAGAGAGCAUGAUUCCUUGCGCGCACUCCCUUUGCAAACUGAGGAGAUUUGAACCCAGCCGCUGCAAAUUCUCCUGACUUCUCCUCUGAGCUCCAGUGUUUACAGUGCUAGCUACUCUGGCCUGGUGGCCGAGCGGCUCAGCUCAGUGCCUGCAAGGAUGUUCUUGUUGCCAACCUUGACCUUGUGUCCAGACUCUCCACUACUGAACCAAUAAAUCCAAUGGCCGUGUUGUGA